CGCCCAGAGCACCUCACUCGCACACCUGUCACACACACCCCUGUCCUGCUCACCUCCCAGCACAAAACUCCAGCAUGGCUGACACCUGCUGCUCCCGGACCUGCCUUAUUGCCGCCUCCACCCUGUCGGUCUGUUCCAGCGACCUGAGCUGCGGCAGCCGCCUCUGCUCGCCCAGUGCUUGCACCAGCUCCUCCUGGCAGGUGGACGAUUGCCAGGAGACCUGCUGUGAGCCCCCCUGCUGCGCCCCCGCCUCCUGCCUGACCCUCCUCUGCACCCCUGAGAGCUGCAGGUCCAGCCCCUGCCCAUCGGCCUGCCCCGGCUCCUGCCAGCCCUCCUGCAGCAGCUGCUCCCCUUGCCAGGAGGGCUGCGGUGUGUCUGUCUGCUGCAAGCCCGUGUGCUGCACCCCCGUCUGCCGCAAGCCCGGGUGCUGCACCCCUGUCUGCUGCAAGCCCGUGUGCUGCACCCCUGUCUGCUGCAAGCCCAUCUGCUGCACCUCUGUCUGCUGCAAGCCCGUGUGCUGUGAGGCCUCCCUCUGCUGCCAGCAGUCUAGCUGCCAGCCCUCCUGCAGUAGCUGCUCCCCCUGCCAGGAGGGCUGCUGUGUGUCUGUCUGCUGCAAGCCCGUGUGCUGCACCCCCCUCUGCUGCAAGCCUGUGUGCUGCACCCCUGUCUGCUGCAAGCCCGUGUGCUGCACCCCUGUCUGCUGCAAGCCUGUCUGCUGUGAGGCCUCCCCUUGCUCAGCCUCCCUCUGCUGCCAGCAGUCUAGCUGCCAGCCCUCCUGCUGUAGCUCCUCCCCCUGCCAGGAAGACAGCUGUGUGUCUGUCUGCUGCAAGCCCGUGUGCUGCACCCCCGUCUGCUGCAAACCCGUAUGCUGCACUCCCGUCUGCUGCAAGCCCGUGUGCUGUGGGGCCUCCCCCUGCUGCCAGCAGUCUAGCUGCCAGCCGUCCUGCUGCAGCUCCUCCCCCUGCCAGGAAGACAGCUGUGUGUCUGUCUGCUGCAAGCCCGUUUGCUGCACCCCUGUCUGCUGCAAGCCUGUCUGCUGCCAGGCCUCCCCCUGCUGCCAGCCCAGCCCCUGCAGACCCUCCUCCUGCGUGUCCCUCCUCUGCCGCCCCAUGUGCAGGCCCGCCUGCUGCGCCCCCCUCUCCCUCUGCCAGCCCAGCUGCCACCCCCAGGCCUCCAGCGUGUCCCUGCUGUGCCGUCCCGUGUGCUCCCGCUGAUGGGAUACGUGACCCUGGGGCGCCGGGCUUAGGCUCCACCCAGGGACCCUGGGCCUCCUGGCCACCCCCCAGCCCAGCCCUCACCUGUGCUAGGUGGCUGCCCCCACCCAAGAUGGGGUCCCCCUGGGUGUCCACUCUCCUGACCUGACCUUCACCUCCUCCCUCCCAAGAAUGCUGACCCGGCGGCUCCCCAGGGCUCCUGCUCCCGGGAUGCACCUCCACCUGCCCUUGGUCACCUGCCUUCCCUCCCAGCUCCUCUGCUCAGUCACCUGACCUCGCCCUCUGACCUGUGGGCACCUCCCUGGCACCCCAAUAAACUCACUUCACCCGCUGA